GGUAUACCGUCGCGCUGGGACAAUCAAAUACUGUCCUUUCUGGAUUCUCCUUGUCGCAAACUUGACUAGAGCGUGAACCAGAGUUCCAGCGUUCAAGUUGUCACCGGUAUAGUACAAAUGGCGACCACUGCUACCCAGGCAGCUUCUGCCACCAAACCGAAGCCGGAGAGACUGCCCAUUACAGUCUCCAAGCCCACGCCGUACACUUUCGAUCUCGGCCACUUGCUCGCCAACGACCCCAAUCCCCUUGAAAUCUCCCGCUCCGAGCCAUUGGAAACCACUCUGAAGGCUACGGCCCGCGAUGGCACGCAGUCUCUCCUCAACCAACUCCUGACGACCUGCCCCAUCACUUCUUCACAACAGGGUGUCCUUCUUGCCCUUCCUACACCCGCCACUGCUCUCCCCCGUCACAAGCCCUUGCCGACCCCCAAGCCGCCGACCAAGUGGGAGUUGUUCGCACGCAAGAAGGGCAUUGGUAAAUACAGCAGCAAGCCGGGCGCUGCUCUGGCUGACAAGGAGCGCCGCAAGAAGCUCGUAUACGAUGAGGAGAAGGGUGAAUGGGUGCCUCGCUGGGGCUACAAGGGCAAGAACAAGUCCGAUGACGAUUGGCUGGUGGAGGUGAAUGAGAAGGAUUGGAAGAAGGAAGAAGAAGCCGCCGCCAAGGGCAGCUCCAUUCGUGGGAUCUCUCGGGCGGAACGCAAGGAUAGAAUAAGGCGCAACGAGAGAAAGAUGCGGUCGAAUGAACGCAAGUCGAGAAAGUCUGGUGGUGGUUAAGAGCUUGUGGAAGGAUAUAUGCGUUUCGAGAAGCCAUGGUUCUAUUGUUGGAAAUAAUUCCUCAUCUGCAUCAAGUUCUUUCUAAGGCGUUUGGUCGGAGUCGCUGGUCCACUGGUCUUGAAUGUCAAAAUUUGCCUACUCAUGCACUUUAUGGUCGGUAGGCCCAGAAAAGCAAUCUCACGUUAACCUUACUACAUGAUACGUCCGAGACAGCGGUUCAAUUCUUCUGAUUUGGCUAAAUUCAUCAAGGCUCCACGCACUAGAAGACAGGUUAGAUGGACCAGUACCUCUUUAUAAUUAGUGUUUCAUUUUGUUACGUGGCCGCCCACCGGUAUGAUCUAUGUUACAGCAAGGAAUCUGAGCAACCUGAAUCCUCAAGAAGCAGGGGAUAAUACAAAAC